AUGGCACCGAUAGUGGACAACAAUCAGCACGAACUGCCACCGCCGGCAGUGGAAACCCCAGGGAAGAAACGAAAGCGGAACGCUGAUACCAAUCCGUUUCUUUCGUUUUCCGAUCAAACAUUUUGCAUUCCAUCGUCGACUCCGAUUCACAACAAGCAGAUCGAUGGAAGUGGGUUCGAAAAUCCCAGCUUCCGAUAUAAUAGCAGCAACAAGGAAAAUUACAACAUUUUCUCCGACUCCUGCAUGGAGGUCAAAUCGAUUGCGGAACUGGCUGCUGUCGGAAAUGGUGAUAACCCAUUCGAAGUGAUUCGUAAGCCACCGAAAAAGAAGAAAAAGCAUGCCAGUUUCGAGGAUAGUUGUUUCGUUAAUCCGGGCCUGAAUUUGGCAGCGGCUGAUAAGCCUGCGGUAAAUCCGUUCGAAGUAUGCCGAAGCGAAGAAACGGCACAAAGAGAGAACGAUAGUUGCUUUGUGAACGGAGGGCUGAAUAUCAAGGGAAAGGAUAACGGAGAAGGAUUGAAUCCGUUCGAGAUCGUUCGUCCUACAGCGCAAGUGGAAACGAAAGUGGCGGAGCCAAGUGAGCCUACUGUGUUGAAGGGAAUCGAAAAUCCGGCACUGGAAAUGCCAACCUAUGCUUUGGCCGUUCCAUUUACUCCUUCGGUUAAUCAUAGAAUUAAUUUUCAGGAAUUGCCGCCGACAGCACUUACGCCAUGCCAGAUGCUUGCUAAAAACCUUGUUUUCAGUCCUGAUCCAUCUAAGGAGGGAAGAUUAACUACACCAAAGCGGAAUGUCACCAUCACAAAGCGUAAAUCUCUUUCGGUGAUUAGUGAGGAACAGCUUGACAUUGGUGAGGAACUUGACUGCUACCAGCUGGAGUUAGAAAACAGCAUAAACGAAGCAAAAGUACUAAAACAAAAGGGCACUGUAGGUUCAAGCAGUAAUACCCACAAGACUCGUCGCAGUUUGAUUGACAGCAAACACAUCAGUAAUCUGUCAGUAAAGUUGAAACAACUGGAAGAGCUUGAGGAUGAGAAAGAAACCGAAAGCAAAGAAAUUUCAGAACAACAGCCUGAAGUGCAAGCUCAAGUUAUUGAGAUAUCAACUCCAACUCAAGCGACGUUCACAGUUGUGAAGGAAACUUCCAUAAAGGAAGAAAUCCGUAUCAACAUCACCAACCCGGAUGUACAGUUCGAAGAAGUGGACGACUUCGAGGAUGAAGAACAAGAUGUGGAUUUGUUCGCAAACCCGGCCCCCUUCCAAAGAGCCUACCGUAAGAAGGAGGAUCCAAAACAGGAGCAAAUGGACUUCAAAUUGCCGGAGGCAAUAGGCCCAAGCGCAACUAAAUCGCACAAAGUUAAAGACGCUAUCAGACGCAGCUUCCGUCGCUUGAUUCAUCCCAAGCAACAGCACCAGGAACUGGUUGUAGAAGCUGCAGAAAAACCGCCCAAGCCGGAAGAGUCACACGGUGGGCUGAUGGCUAGCAUUCGGCACAGUUUGCGUCGCAAAACUCACCGAGGCACCAAGGCAAAGGAUCAACCGGAGGAUGAGGCCGAUCAGCAGCAGCCAUCUGUUUUGGAAAUGUCAAUCAUAGCCGAAGGUCCACGGGCGGUUUUUAAGCAACCUUCGAAUGACGGGUACACACCGAUUACCAUCGGCAACGGGACAACCGAUAAGGUUGGUACCACGCUACGCAGCAGCUUGCGUAGGUCGACCAAAGAUAUGAAAAAGCACAUGAUCAAGAGUGUUUUCAACAAAAACAAGACUGCGGAGGGGAUUGAUUGA